UGCACCAGAGGCUUGACAUUUGAACCAGUGCUGCUGAGCGUUGCUACACCGCGAUGUUUUGUUGAUCCGGAUUAUGUCAUGUAUGAACAAAAUUAACGACUGCUUGGUAUGAACCGAGCCGGAGAUACUGAAGUGAAACGAAUUACACAGACGGAACAGACCUAAUCGUUACAUGGACAGUAGCUGUCAGUAGCUAUUAUUUCACUAUUAAUUCACUAUAUCACAAUUCCAGUGAGUUAGAAGCUUACAUACACUUUGCCAGUAUUUUAUGUUGCCUUUAAAUAGUUUAACUUGAGUCAAACACAUAGAUUACAGCCAUAUUUUAUGUGGUAGCAUACCAUAAGCUUCUUGUUGGAAUUUGGAGGAAAAAGUGAGAGGCUCACAAGCCAAAGAACACCAUCCCAACGUGAAGCACGGAGGUGACAGUUAUGUUGUGAGGUACUUUGCUGCAGGUGGAACUGGAAGGAAAAUUAUUCGAUAUACUGAAGCAACGAGACAUCAGCUGGGAAGGGCAUCACAAUCUGUGAUAUUUACAUCUCAUGGCCGUGUGAUAGCAGCAAAAGGCAAAGUCACAGGGAUCAUUUGGAGGUAAAUUCUGGCUGUUUGCUGAGUCACCUAGCUGUACUGUAGUGUGGGAAUUGUGACAUGGCCUUCAGGCUGUUUGAAGAGAAGCAUCACGCCUCCAUCUACCAGCGCUACCGCUUUGUCCCUCCGAACACAGUCAAAGAGCUAAUUCUUCAGUAUUUGGAUGAAAAAAAAGGACAGCCCCAUGUUUUGGCUGUGGACUUGGGCUGCGGGACAGGGCAGAAUUCCCGGCGACUGGCUCCUCACUUCCAGGAGGUGGUGGGGAUUGAUGUCAGUGAGAGCCAGAUAGAAGAGGCCAGAGCAGUGCCAGGUUUUUCAAAUGUCAUUUACAGGGUUGGAACUGCAGAGGAUUUACCAUUUCCAGAUAACUCAGUGGAUCUGCUGACUGCAGCUUCAGCCGCCCACUGGUUUAACCAGGAGGGGUUUUUGAAGGAGGCCUGUCGGACACUGAAGCCCAAAGGCUGUAUAGCUCUAUUUGGCUACACUGACCAAGACCUGGAGCUGCAUUACGGUUCAUGUGGGGACAGACUGAUCUGCAUUUAUGAGCAAACUAUUAAGUCCCUGUCGCCCUAUGUCAGCAAACGAGUGGCUCUUGCUAAUAGCAAGCUUCUGGACCUGUUUGAUGCCAUUCCUUUCCCAGACAAAAAAAGAAUUGACUGUAUCCCAGUGGAAGAAGACAUCUCAGUGAGCAAUGUUUUGGGGUUCUUGGAGACCUUCUCGUACUACCAGGCUUAUAAGAAAGCAGAGCCAGAAGCAGCCAGUGCCCUGCUCAGGGACACACAGGCCAAGUUGCUUGAGGCAAUGGGUGUCUCAUCCCCUGAGACCAAGAUGAAAAUACGAUUGGUUUAUUUCUGUGUGUUGGCCUGUAAAACUCAGUAGUCAGUGUGUGGGUUUCAGGCGGAUAAUGUGCUUGGUGCAACAGUAAAAUCCCUUUAUAGUGAACUCGCUUAUAAUGGAAUACCGUCUAUAACGGACAAGGUCCACUGGUCCCCAGGACCGCUUUUAGCUGUAGUUUUGUUCGCUAUAACGGACAUGCAGCUCCGCCUACAAGGUGAUAUCCAGCGCGGAUAUGUAGUCGGGAUUAUUAAUAGUCAAACAUCUGGUCAGGUAAAGAUGGAUUACUACAUGUACAGUAUAAUAAUCUAUACCACAAGUGUGUCUGCCGGGGUGUGGCAUGAGUAAAUGGUGUCCUAUAGUUAUGUUCUGGGCAUACAGCAACUCUGGAUAUAAUGGACUUUGGAUAUAAUGGACUGUUUUGCCAGGUUCCUUGAAGUUCGUUAUAAUGGGAUUUUACUGUAUUAACAUAGCAGAUAUAUUGAGCUACUUGAAAAAGGAAUUUAUAGAAUGUCAUUUUAUAUUUAUAUUUUUUCACUCUAUCAGUUAGGCAUACAGAUAAAGCUAAAUGAUGAUUUAUAUAUUUGAUUUAAAAUUUAUUUGCGAUAUAAUCAGCUUUCAUAGCAUUUCAUAGAUUUUAUUAUUAUUUUUGUCAAGAAGUGAAAUAGCAUUAAUAUAACACAGAAAGGAACAACACAUUUGUCAUAUCGAAUCAUAAAAUACAAAAUCAUCUAAAAUGACAAGCAUUCCAGGUCACGUGCUACCUAAGAAUUAAUAACCAGGGUAGGACUGGAAAAUUAGAGGUUUUAGAACCACUGGAUGGUAGUGAUUAUAACAUGGUUAAAAGCACAUUGUUGCAAGUGCAAGAGGACUUCAUACCUGUUUCCGGCAAAACUAAAUCUAGGAAACUGCAGCCAAGGUGGUUUACUACAGAAAUUAAGAAUAAAGUCAGGAGGAAAGGGGCUCUCUUCCACAAAUGGAAAAUAACUAAUAAAGCAGGAGUAUCUGAGUCUACAGGUCGAGUUAAAAAAUAACAUUAGAUACUCCAAGAGGAAUAUAGAAAGAAAGAUUUCAUUGGAGGUUAAGGAUGACAGUAAAAGUUUCUUCCAAUAUUUUAACUCUAAAAGAGCUCUAAAAGCUGAAAUUACUAAAUUUGCAGGAUAGUAAGGGCAUUAUAAUUGAAAUUAAAUUGAUAUAGUAAACGAGUUUAAUGAUUAUUUUACACGGGUGUUCACAGUAGAGAACACGAGUAACCUACCACCAUUGUAACCCACCACCGAGUAACCUACCACCAUUCAUGACCAACGUCAUCUAUGACCAAUAUAUGUAUAACUGAGGCUGAUGUGGUACAAAGCCUAGCUAAGCUCAAAAUAAAUAAAUCACAGGGGCCUGAUAGCAUCUUACUAUAGUUUUAAAAGAAAUGAGGAAUAUUAUUAGCCAACCUUUACUAUUGCAGAAAUCCUUAUCUGAUGGUGGGGUACCUUCUGAUUGGAAGCAUGCUAAUAUAACACCCAUAUUCAAAAAAGGGGAUAGAAGUAAUCCAGCAAACUAUAGGCCAAUCAGUUUAACUAGCAUUACUGGAAAAAUAAUGGAAGCUAUAAUCUAAGUGAAAUGGUAGAUUACCUGGAUUCAAAUAACAUUCUGAGGGAUAGCCAACAUGGAGGAGAGGCAGAUCCUGUUUAAUGAAUUUUCUUGAGUUCUUUGAGGAAGCUACAAGAGAAAUUGAUCACAAAAAGGCCUACGAUGUGAUCUACUUAGAUUUCCAGAAGGCCUUUGAUGUUGUCCCCCACAAAGGGCUCUUGUUUAAACUCAAGGCUGCAGGUACUUUAGGAACUGUAGCAGCUUGGAUGGAAAACUGGUUAACAGACAGGAAGCAGCGAGUAGUCAUUAGAGGCACAAUGUCACAGUGGGCCUGCGUUCAUAGUGGGGUACCGCAGGGUUCAAUUUUAGGACCACUAUUGUUCCUAAUAUACAUUAAUGACAUUUACACCAAUACAUACAGUAAACUGGUUAAAUUUGCAGACAACACCAAGGUGGGUGGUGUAGCAGAUACUGAUCUAGCAGCAGAGAGGCUACAAUGGGAUCUGGAUUUAAUUAGCGACUGGGCUGAUACCUGGCAGAUGAAAUUUAACAUAGAUAAAUGUAAGGUAAUCCAUGCAGGGAGCAGAAAUAUAAAGUACAUAUAUGGGUUCCAUGGAAAUAAAGGUAGCUGAUUAUGAGAAAGACCUUGAUGUGUAUGUUGAUGCUUCCAUGUCCCACUCUCACCAGUGUGGGGAAGCAAUAAAAAAGGCCAAUAGGAUAUUGGGUUACAUCUCUAUGUGUGUGGAGUUUAAGUCAAGAGAGGUGAUGCUACGAUUAUAUAAUUCCUUUGGUAAGACCCCACCUACAAUAUUGUGUGCAGGUUUGGUCACCAUACCUUAAAAAGGACAUUGCUGCCUUGGAAAAGGUUUAAUGUAGGGCUACAAGAAUGACUCCUGGUGUUAGAAGAAUGUAUUAUGAGGAGAGGUUAGCUGAGCUGAAUCCGUUUAGCCUCGAGCAAAGGAGACUAAGAGGGGACAUGAUCCAGGUGCAUAAGAUUCUAACAAGUCCGGAUGCUGUUCAGCCAAAUGUCUAUUUUAAUAUUAGUUUAAAUACUAGAACUUGUGGCCAUAAGUGGAAAUUAGAGGGAGAACAUUUUAAAAUGAAUUUGAGGAAGCACUUCUUUACACAGCGUGUAAUUAGAGUAUGGAAUAGUCUUCCUGCUAGUGUAGCGCAAGCUAAAACCCUGGGUUCCUUUAAAUCAGAGCUAGAUAAGAUUUUAACAACUCUGAGCUAUUAGUUAAGUUCUCCCCAAACAAGCUUGAUGGGUCAAAUGGCCUCCUCUCGUUUGUAAAUUUCUUAUGUUCUUAUGUAGGAAUGUAACCAUGUAACCAAAAAAAAAAACUGCACUACUCAAUGGAGUUCUCGGAGAUAGUAUUCAUAGCUUGGGUCCUUAUUGAACUAGCAUCGGAAAUUCAUUGCAGAGUCUCAAAGCACUUAUGUAAGUCGCUCUGGCUAAGGGCGUCUGCCAAAUCCUGUAAAUGUAAAUGUAAAUGUAACCAUUGCAAACAGAUAUUUUCCUAGUUUUGGAACCAGUCUGAAAUGAGUUUUCCCCUUAAUUUUUAAUGUGAAGAUAUCUUAUCAAAGUACCUUUAUAGCCCACUAUAUAUAAACAGUGACACCAAUCUUUUUAACCUUACCUAUCACAAUUAUUAACUGAAGUCCUUCUUACAAUUUCACCUUUUUCCAUCUGUAGUACUUCAUGGCUAGCUCUUAAGUAAACCAUGUUGGAGAACAUGUGCUUCUGGUGAAUUUCUGGUGGGGGCAAUACAUAGCUUAGCAUGUCAGAAAUAUUUGCCAAUGUUUGGAACUUCAUGGGUGGGAAUGUCAUUAGAGAUUUAUGAAAAGGGAGUUAGCAGGGUGGAUGUGUUUCUAGAGAUAUGUCCACGUUGAGUAUAACAGUCCCGAGAGAUAAUCCUGGUCUGAUCAAAUACUCUCUCUCUCCCCAGUGCUGGUGUACUUUAUUGAUAAACCAAAAAUGUUCCAAAAUUGCCUAUGACUGACUGUAACCAGCAUUAAGCCCUAAGUCAACAGUUCUAACCAUACAGUAGAUAUAAGAAGUGUACAAGCCCCUGUGAAAAUGCCAGGUUUUUGUGUUGUAAAAAAAUGACACCAUGUUAAAUCAUUUCAGAACUUUUCCUGCCUUUAAUAUGACCUAUAACCUGUGCAAUUUAGUUAAAACAAACAAAUCUGUUAUAGGAAAAAAUAUUUAAAAUGUACAAUAAGUUAGUUGCAUAAGUGCACACCCUUUAAUAUUUUGUUGAAGCACCUUUUGAUUUAAUUACACCAUUCAGUUAUUUUUCCAUCAGUUAAAGUGACUGAUUAACCUCAAAUAAAGUUCAGCUGUCCUGA